AUGGGCCUCGACCGCAACGUGAGAGAUCUGACUUUCCAGAUGGCCGGUACGGUGGCCAGCCCGAGACAUGACAUGAAGAUGAAGGUCCGUCUGCUAGGGAAGAAGGAGGCUAAGAAACAGUCUUGUUCAUAUCAACUGGCCUCAGUCUACGAGGAUGAGUUUUGGCAGAUCCGGCAAUUCCUCAAGGAGUCCGCCGCCCCGCGCCUUUUCGUGUUCGCCGCGCUGUCUCUGAUCCUCUCGGCGAUGCAGGUGGUGUUGGCCGCCAAGCAGGAUGACGACGGGGGGUGGCGGGCUUCUGCGGAGUUGAGCGCGUGGUUCGCGGUCACGGUUAUCGUAGUGGUUGCGGUGGUCUUUGUUGGGUUGGCGUUAGUUGGAUCCGGCUUCUGGCUGUGGCAGUUCCAGUUCGGGUACCGGUCGUGGAGGAGAAGUCGUGCCGUCUUCGGGGAGGCCAGGAUUCGUAACGGUAGAGGCGGAUAG